UGUUGACGUGCCCCGCCUCAGAAAAGCCCACAACAACCCGGCCCCUUCAACAACCCGAAAUCCACUGGCUAUUACCAUACCAAUCUCUCUUCUUCCUCCCCUUCUUGGACCUCGCCUGGCGCUGUGCGCGUGAUAUCCGCCUGAUUUUAUCUUCUUGUUCUCUCUCCUUGUCUCUACACCUGGUAUCUCAUCUCGCUGUUGUCAACCAUGAAGGGCGAGAUUCUUCACCUCCACCUCGGCCAGGCUGGCACACAACUGGGUAACUCGGCCUGGGAGCUCUAUCUUCUUGAGCAUGGCCUUGGUCCCGAUGGUCGCCCCGGUCCUACCGCCAAGGACGUCGGCGACCCUGGCUCCUUCGAGACCUUCUUUACCGAGACGAGCAAUGGCAAAUACGUCCCCCGGUCUAUCUUCGUGGAUCUGGACCCUUCUCCCAUCGACGAGAUCCGCACCGGUGAAUACCGCCAGCUGUUCCAUCCCGAGCUGUUGAUCAGCGGCAAGGAGGAUGCGGCCAACAACUACGCCCGUGGCCAUUACACGAUCGGCAAGGAGAUGGUCGACAAUGUCAUGGACCGUAUUCGCCGUGUUGCUGAUAACUGCCACUCUCUGCAGGGCUUCCUCAUCUUCCACUCCUUCGGUGGUGGCACUGGUUCUGGUUUCGGUGCUCUCCUCCUGGAGCGCCUCUCCACCGAGUACGGCAAGAAGUCUAAGCUCGAGUUCGCCGUCUACCCCGCUCCUCGCGUCUCGACUGCCGUUGUUGAGCCCUACAACGCUGUCCUGUCCACCCAUAGCACCAUCGAGAACUCGGACUGCACCUUCCUCGUCGACAACGAGGCUGUCUACGAUAUCUGCCGCCGCAACCUGGACAUCCCCCGCCCCUCGUACGAACAUCUCAACCGCCUGAUCGCUCAGGUCGUCAGCUCGAUCACUUCGUCCCUUCGUUUCGACGGUGCUCUCAACGUUGACCUGAACGAGUUCCAGACCAACCUGGUCCCUUACCCUCGUAUCCACUAUCCCCUGAUCAGCUACGCCCCGGUUGUCUCUGCCUCCAAGAGCCAGCACGAGAGCUUCAAGGUUCACGACCUUACCUUCCAGUGUUUCGAGCCCAACAACCAGAUGGUUGUCUGCGACCCCCGCAACGGCAAAUACAUGGCUGUGGCCCUCCUUUACCGUGGCGACGUCGUUCCUCGCGACUGCAACGCCGCCAUCGCUGCCCUCAAGGCCAAGGCGUCUUUCAACCUGGUCGAGUGGUGCCCCACUGGCUUCAAGCUGGGUAUCAACUACCAGAAGCCUAUGUCUGUCCCGGCCGCCCCCGGCGACGGUGGUCUCGCCUCCGUCGACCGCUCCGUCUCCAUGCUCUCCAACACCACCGCCAUUGCCGAGGCCUGGUCGAGGCUGGACCACAAGUUCGACCUCAUGUACAGCAAGCGCGCAUUCGUCCACUGGUACGUCGGCGAGGGCAUGGAGGAGGGCGAGUUCAGCGAGGCCCGGGAGGAUCUUGCCGCUCUCGAGAAGGACUACGAGGAAGUCGCCGCCGAUUCCUUCGAGCCCGACGAGACCGAGGCCGAAUACUAAGAUGCCGGUGGAUGUCAUGGAAAAGAAAGCCUUGUCUCUUCUGUACAAACGACAGAAAACACAGACCAUUGAUGGCCGCGGGGGAGAAUGAAUUGAUGAACAAACAACAGAAACGGAGCCUGGAUUUUUGGUCCUUUGCUCGCGCGUUUUUCUUUUUGGUAGCCGUCGAGGUCGUCGGUUCGGUGGUUUAUUCCCCUGUUCUUGUUCUGUUUGCCGCCGCCGAACCGCACGUGUUCCAGACCGGGAUUGAUUUACCCGCUCCCCGCGUUUUCGUAACCUAUCACCACCAGUUGGACGGAGGAGCUUGGA